AUAAACCAAACAUUAAAAAAAAUAUCAGCAUGUUUUCUGAUGAACGACUGCAUCAUUUUCUCAAGCGCUAAACCACGCCCUCAGUAUUUUGACCGUUGCGCAUUCUUGCUGCGCGUCAACGUCAACUUUUUAAUGCGGGAGAAACAACUGUUCAGCAAACUGCCGAAGAAGAAUACUUAAGAAAGAAGAGACAGCACGUGGGCGAUUAUCCAGAGGAAUCUUUAUGAUCUCCAAUGAGAGCACACUUCAUGCAGUGUAGGUACUGUAAAUACACCUGUGACAGUCAAAAUCUGCUGCUGAGACACUGCAGGCUCAAGCAUUGGCACCCAGGCCGACGUGUACCAUUAUUGUGCCUGUACUCUGAGUGUGUCUGCGCUUUCAAUUUAAAAUGGGAAAUUACAGACAAAAAUUACGCAAUACUGGAUGUAGUGAGCUUGACAAUAGAAGAGAUGAUGGUUCAAGAGUUCCCCAGAAGAAACCAAGAAGAUCAGAAAUCAACUUUCUCCCAGACAAUCCUGUUGGUUUGGAUGAUGCUGCAUUGGAAAAUGAAAGGGAACAUCUUGAGCUUGAAGUAAAAAAAGGAACAUGGACAUUACAAUACUGAACACCAAAAUGGAAACCACAUUCCCUCUUAGAAGAAAAGAAAUAGUCAAUGAGCAGCCCUUGGUCUCUGUCAUCAAAGAAAGAUGGCCUGGCCUCUUUUUGCAGGAGCAACUUUGCGCAGAGUUUCAAAGGAUCACUUGUGUGGACCUCAAAACGGCUUUCAUGACAUCUCUGAACAAACAUAGCAAUGCCCUCAUCAAAAUGUAUCGAGCAAAGAGUAAAGACCUUGCAGAUGAGAUGAAAAUUAUCCUGGACCAUUUUGAUGAGCAGACAACAAACAUCCUGUCACACAGAUACACUACGGCUCUACGGGGACUCCCCUUGUACCUCAGGGAGCGUGAUGCAAUAUCCAAGACUUGUCUGGACACUGAUUUAGAGGAGACUUAUGCAAGAGGAGUGAAACUGGGCAUCCUUGAAGUUAUGGAGGAUGACAUCUCGCAGGCAACAAAGAGAUGUCUUAACUUCAGCAUCAUCCUGGAGGAAACUGUGGUCAUGGAGGACCUAUCUGACUUUCCCACUGCUUUCAUGGUACUCUUUGGACUUCUCUAUGCGCUAAAUAUUGAGUAUCCAAAAGGACUAAAAUACACAUUUGAGGCAGUGCAGAACAUCUUUGUGGGAUUGGGAGAAAAGUGCACCAACAGAGUUCAGUCCCUGAAGAAUAAGAUUUUCACUGUAUAGAGCAAUUUAAGAUGCUUUGAAUAUUUUCAGAUGCUUUUAUGGUUGGUGGGUACCUUUGGCAUAAUAAUGUUUUUGUUUUUAUGUCGCUGUAUAUUGUGGUACUGGUGCAUUUUGAAUUUUUAAGACUUGGUCUUGAAUUCCCUUUAAAGUGAAAUGCUUAUUUGUUUACUUGAUAUCCGUUGAUAUACUGUUCAGUCAAACUAAAUGUUUCAUGUUGAGGUGUGUCAGUGUUUUUUAGAUGGGUGCACUUCUAUUUUAGACCAUGCUUCAAAUUUUGAAAGUUUGUUCCUUCUACAUGCUACUGUUUAGACACACAUUUCAUAUUCAGUGGCAGUGUUUUGUAAAACUGCUUUAACUGAAGCGUUUAAUUUUUGUAUUGCAGUAUUGAAUCACUUUGGUUUAAAUAUUUGUGAAUGUAAAAAUUUGGUAUCACAGGAUUUUUUUUUUUUUUUAUGAGAUGGUGGUAGCACUACUAUCAUUAUUGAUGCCUAUCUUUGGCAGGAUAGCGCAAUUAUACAUUUUUUUAUUUGUUUCCUGUGAGAAAUAUUUAAAGACCAAAAAGGAUUAAUCAUCAUGUUGUCAUGAUGAUGGCUAAUUAAAAUGCCAUUUAAUUGCCUUCAACAGGUUGGUGAAAACAUUCUUAUAUUGCUCUUUGGAAUAAAUGUUUUGUUAACAUUCUCACUGUUUUCAGUUCUUGACUUGGGCAAUGGUAUU